AUGAAUCCUGCUCUCAUUACAAACAUUGGACUUCAUGACACGCUGAAGCCAAUUGAUGAUAAGAUUGUGUACACAAAGUUCCAGAACCAGAGACAUUCCCAGGUGGAAAACAAGAGAAAGACUGAGGCGGAAUGUCGAGAGGAGGAAAAGAGAAUGCACAGCAUGAGGGACUCGGAGCGCCUUCGUGCUUUAGAGGUGGAGAAAGACAUGGCUAAGAAGAGGAGGGAGCAGGAGGUGACGAUAUCUGCUGAAGCCAAACAGGCUCAGCAGAAAGUGGUGGAAGAGGAGAGGCUGGAAGAUCUGAAAAUUGCAGACUACAUUGAAGAGAAGGACGAGGAACGCUUCUAG